UUAAUUUCUCCUCAGACUAUCAGAGAGUCUGGGUUGGAGCGAGUGAGCUGGUAGCACGCACUGAUCAUACCAAGGCUGGAGUUAGCGAGUGGCAGGGUGGCAGCAGGGUUACCGAACUAAGCAGAGCUCGUGGAACGGUGGUGUAGUGGUUGUUGGCCGGUGGUACUCAAUGCACUUCCUCCUUCUCCUCUUAACCAUGAAGAAACAAAACGUCCGGACGCUGUCGCUCAUGAUAGCCUCCUUUAUGUAUCUGCUGGUCGGCGCCGCCGUCUUCGACGCGCUCGAGUCCGAGUCCGAGGAGAAGCAGCGCCGCGUCCUGCGGGAGAAGGAGAGCAAGCUGAGGGCGCUGUACAACAUCUCCCGCGAGGACUUUCUCGAGAUCGAGACGGUGGUGCUCAGGUCGGUGCCGUACAAGGCUGGCAGGCAGUGGCAGUUCACCGGCGCCUUCUACUUCGCUACGACGGUCAUCACCACCAUUGGUAUGUAG